AUGGGAGAUUCACAAGCAAAAUAUAAUAUAUGGACUGCGAAGGAGAGCAAUGAAUUAUUAAGACUUAUGGUUGAUGCUGCAAUGCGAGGAUGGCGUGAUAGGAAUGGUGUGUUGAACAAAAGAACAGUGGAAAUAAAAAUACUUCCCACUCUUAAUGCAAAACUUGGGUGUGAAAAGACUUUUGCACAGUAUCAAAGCUGUUUGAAGUGGUUCAAACAACGAUAUAACAACUACUCUAGUGAUGAAGUAUGGGAGGAUUAUUUUAAGUCUCACCCUAAACAUGAACAUUAUCAGACUGAUACUUUUGAGGAUUAUGAAGACUUAAGACUUGUAGUUGGGAAUGGAACUGCUACAGGAAAAUACGCAAUUGGACUUGGAGAUGACAUUGAUGCGAGAACCUUUGAAACAGAAGAAAAUGGGGGUACUAACUUAUUAGAUGAUUACGUGUUUGAUCACAACAGUGGUGAAUUCAUACAAAGCAAUAGGCAAGAAUCUUCAUAUCAGCCUCUAUUUUCUGAGGACCUUGCUUCACCAUUACCAUCUCAACCUAUGAGUUCUGAGGUUCCACAAGCAACUAGAAAACGAGAUAGGAGCGAAUUUGAAGCAAAAUCAAGCACUUCAAAAAAUAUAGACCCAGAUGUUUUAAAUAGGCUCUCUUACACCAUUGAGAAAGCAUCUUCUAAGAUUGAAUUAGUUGGCGUUGCAGAUGAUAACUGUUGGGAUGCUAUAAAACAAGUCCCAAACUUGGAUAAUCGUACUCGUUACAAGGCGCUUGACUGGCUCAAUACUAGAGCAAAGAAGGUGGCUUUCUUGAAAAUGACAAUUGAAGAGCGUUUGGAGUGA